UUCAUUGAGGAGGAUUCAAACUUCCGGUUCUGUCAUGGGGAUAUUGUGGUGUGUCUGAUAAAAGAAAGAAAAAAUAACCCCAUCAACAUCGGAAUUUGAGGAUUAACUGGUUGAAAAUAGCAAAGGAAUCAUUAUUUAUACGGAUAAUUCAAGUGGCCCAUCGCGGCUCGCACCCGGCCGGCCAUGGCGGCGCAUAAACCCGUGGAAUGGGUUCAGGCCGUAAUUAGUAGAUUCGACGAGCAGCUUCCAGUCAAAGUGGGCCAACAGAACACUCACACCAAAGUCAGCACAGAGCACAACAAGGACUGUCUGAUACACAUCUCCAAGUACAAGUUCUCACUGGUCAUCAGUGGCCUCACAAACAUACUGAAGAAUGUGAACAACAUGCGAAUAUUUGGGGAGGCUGCGGAGAAGAACCUGUAUCUCUCUCAGCUCAUCAUCCUGGACACACUGGAGAAGUGCCUUGCUGGGCAACCGAAGGACUGCAUGCGUCUGGAUGAGACCAUGCUGGUGAAACAGCUGCUGCCAGAGAUCUGUCAUUUCAUCCACACGUACCGCGAGGGCCACCAGCAUGCCGCCGAGCUACGUAGCUCCGCCUCCGGGGUCCUCUUCUCCCUCAGCUGCAACAACUUCAAUGCCGUGUUCAGCCGCAUCUCCACCAGGUUGCAGGAGCUCACCGUGUGUUCGGAGGACACAGUGGAUGUCCAUGACAUCGAGCUCAUCCAGUACAUUAAUGUGGACUGUGCCAAGCUAAAGAAACUGCUACAAGAGACAGUGUUUAAAUUCAAAGCCCUCAAGAAGCCUGCCCAGCUAAGUGUCAUCAACAGCUUAGAGAAGGCCUUCUGGAACUGGGUUGAGAACUACCCUGAUGAGUUCACCAUGCUGUACCAGAGGCCACAGACAGACAUGGCUGACUGUGCAGAGAAGCUGUUUGACCUGGUGGACAGUUUUGCUGAGAGUGCCAAGAGGAAGGCAGCCGUGUGGCCACUGCAGAUCAUCCUCCUCAUCCUCUGUCCCGACAUCACACAGGACAUCUCCAGAGAGACUGUAGACGACACCAAGGUCAAUAAGAAACUGUUCCUGGAGAACCUGAGGAAGGCCCUGGCCGGCCACGGGGGCAGUAAACAGCUGACUGAGAGUGCUGCCAUCGCCUGUGUCAAACUCUGCAAGGCCUCCACCUACAUCAACUGGGAGGACCACUCUGUCAUCUUCCUCCUGGUGCAGUCCAUCGUAGUGGACCUUAAGGCCCUGCUCUUCAACCCAGCCAAGCCUUUCUCCAGAGGGGCGGGAAGCCAGAACGCAGACGUGGACCUCAUGAUCGACUGCUUUGUCUCUUGUUUCCGCAUCAAUCCCCACAACAACCAGCAUUUUAAGGUCUGCCUGGCGUCAUCCUCCCCUCCCACCUUCCACUUCGUCCUGGUCAACUCCCUACACAGAAUCAUCACCAAUUCUCCAUUGGACUGGUGGCCUAAGAUUGAUGCGGUGUACUGCUACUCAGGAGAGCUGAGGAUCAUGGUUUCUGAGACGCUGGGUCACGUGAUGAGGGGCUGCAGUACGCAUGCUCCCCUCCGCAUGACUCCGAGUCUGACCUUCAAGGAGAAGAUGACCAGUCUGAAGUUCAAGGAGAAGACCACAGACCUGGACACGCGUAGCCACAAGUACCUUCUGCUGGCUCUCGUCAAGCUCAUCCAUGCUGACCCCAAACUCAUGCUACAUAACCCGGGUAAGCAGGGUCAGGAGAUCCAGAGCAGUACAGCAGAGCUGAUCACCGGCCUGGUGCAGCUGGUGCCUCUGGCCAACAUGGGAGAGUGUUCACAGGAGGCCAUGGAGGCCCUCUUGGUCCUGCAUCAACCUGAGGCCAUAGAGCUGUGGAACCCAGAUGCUCCCAUUGAAACCUUCUGGGACAUCAGUUCCCAGGUGCUCUUCUUCAUCUGUAAGAAGCUGGUUGGCCACCAGAUGAUCAACAGUACAGAGAUCCUUAAGUGGCUGAGGGAGAUCCUCAUCUGCAGGAACAAGUUCCUCCUCAGGAACAAGGAGCGGGCCACGGUGGGCAGCGGCAUCCCGAUCUGCAGACAGGCCCAGACCAAGCUGGAGGUGUGUCUCUACAUGUUCCUGUGGAGCCCUGACAUGGAGGCCGUUCUGGUGGCCAUGUCCUGCUUCAGACACCUGUGUGAGGAGGCUGAGGUCCGCUGUGGAGUGGACGAGGUCCCGGUCCAGACCAUCCUGCCCAACUACAACACCUUCAUCGAGUUUGCCUCCGUCAGCAACAUGAUGUCCACAGGCCGGUCAGCCCUGCAGAAGAGAGUGAUGGCUCUGUUGAGGCGGAUCGAACAUCCUACUGCAGGAAACACAGAAGCAUGGGAAGACACGCAUGCAAAAUGGGAGCAGGCGACCAAAUUAAUCCUCACCCAUCCCAAAACUAAGCUAGAGGAUGGCCAGGAGUGGAUCAACAUGACUGGCUUCCUGUGUGCUCUGGGAGGUGUGUGUCUGCAGCAGCGCAGCGCCCCAGGCCUGGCCACCUACAGCCCCCCCAUGGGGCCUCUCAGUGAGAGGAAGGGCUCCAUGAUCUCCAUGGGCUCCUGUGAGGGGAACACGGAGACGCCCCUGGGCCGCUUCCUGGACCGCCUGCUGUCCCUCAUGGUUUGCAGCCAUGAAAAGGGUGUUCAGAUCCGGACCAAUGUUAAGGAUCUGGUGGGCCUGGAGCUCAGCCCAGCUCUCUACCCCAUGCUCUUCAACAAACUGAGGAACAGCAUCAGCCGCUUCUUCGACGCACAGGGGCCGGUUCCCAUCAAUGACACUAACACCCAGUUUGUGGAGCAGACCAUUGCCAUCAUGAAGAACCUACUGGACAACAACACUGAGGGCAGCUCAGAGCACCUGGGACAGGCCAGCAUAGAGACCAUGAUGCUCAACCUGGUCAGGUACGUGCGUAUCCUGGGCAACAUGGUGCAUGCCAUCCAGAUGAAGACCAAGCUGUGCCAGCUGGUGGAGGUGAUGAUGGAGAGACGAGAUGACCUGUCCUUCUGCCAGGAGAUGAAGUUCAGGAAUAAGAUGGUGGAGUACCUAACAGACUGGGUGAUGGGCACCUCAAACCAGGCGGCUGAUGAUGAUGUCAAGUGUCUUACCAGGGACCUGGACCAGGCCAGUAUGGAGGCGGUGGUGUCUCUGCUAGCUGGCCUGCCCCUCCAGCCUGAGGAGGGAGAUGGAGUGGAACUGAUGGAGGCCAAGUCCCAGCUCUUCCUCAAGUACUUCACCCUGUUCAUGAACCUACUGAAUGACUGUAGUGAGGUGGAGGAUGAUGGGCAGCAGGUGGCAGGGAGGAAGAGGGGCAUGUCUCGACGCCUGGCCUCCCUCAGACACUGCACCGUCCUGGCCAUGUCCAACCUCCUCAACGCCAACGUGGACAGUGGCCUCAUGCACUCCAUUGGUCUGGGCUACCAUAAGGACCUGCAGACGAGGGCCACCUUCAUGGAGGUGCUGACUAAGAUCUUGCAGCAGGGGACAGAGUUUGACACACUGGCAGAGACAGUGCUUGCUGACCGUUUUGAGAGGCUGGUGGAGCUGGUCACCAUGAUGGGAGACCAGGGAGAGCUGCCUAUUGCCAUGGCUCUGGCCAACGUAGUGCCCUGCUCCCAAUGGGAUGAGCUGGCGCGGGUGCUGGUGACUCUGUUUGACUCACGCCACCUCCUCUACCAGCUGCUGUGGAACAUGUUCUCCAAGGAGGUGGAGCUUGCUGACUCCAUGCAGACACUUUUCAGAGGAAACAGUCUAGCCAGUAAAAUCAUGACCUUCUGCUUUAAGGUGUAUGGGGCCACAUACCUGCAGAAGCUUCUAGAGCCUCUUCUCAGAGGGGUCAUCACCGCCCCAGAGUGGCAGCUCAUCAGCUUCGAGGUGGACCCCACCAGGCUGGAGCAGAGUGAGAUCCUGGAGGAGAACCAGAGGAACCUGCUGCAGAUCACCAACCGUUUCUUCCUGGCCAUCAUCAACUCCUCCACAGAGUUCCCCCCUCAGCUGCGCAGUGUCUGUCACUGCCUGUUCCAGGCAACUUGCCACUCUCUACUGAAUAAAGCCACAGUUAAAGAGAAAAAGGAAAGCAAAAAAGCAGUGGUCAGCCAGCGUUUCCCCCAGAACAGCAUAGGGGCGGUGGGCAGUGCCAUGUUCCUACGUUUUAUCAACCCUGCCAUAGUGUCCCCCUAUGAGGCAGGCAUCCUGGAUAAGAAACCUCCUCCCAGGAUUGAGAGGGGCCUUAAGCUCAUGUCCAAGAUCCAGCAGAGCAUUGCCAACCAUGUUGUAUUCACCAAAGAGGAGCACAUGAGGCCUUUUAAUGACUUUGUCAAAAGCAACUUUGAUGCAGCUAGAAGGUUUUUCCUGGACAUCGCAUCAGACUGCCCUGCCAGUGACUCAGUCAACCACAGCCUGUCCUUCAUCAGUGAUGGCAACGUUCUGGCCCUGCACCGGCUGCUGUGGAACAACCAGGAAAAGAUAGGACAGUACCUCUCUAGCAACAGGGAUCAUAAGGCAGUGGGAAGACGGCCUUUUGACAAGAUGGCCACCCUCCUGGCCUACCUGGGGCCCCCAGAGCACAAACCUGUGGCUGACACCCACUGGUCCAGCCUCAACCUCACCAGCUCCAAGUUUGAGGAGUUUAUGACAAGACACCAGGUACAUGAGAAAGAUGAGUUCAAAGCCCUGAAGACCCUCAACAUCUUCUACCAGGCUGGCACCUCCAAGAACGGCAACCCUGUCUUCUACUACAUCACACGCAGAUUUAAGACUGGCCAGAUCAAUGGUGAUCUCCUCAUCUACCACGUGCUGCUGACCCUGAAGCCCUACUACGCCAAGCCCUAUGAGAUCGUUGUGGACCUGACCCACGCCGGACCCAGCAACCGCUUCAAGACCGACUUCCUGUCCAAGUGGUUCGUGGUGUUCCCGGGCUUCGCCUACGAGAAUGUGGCGGCCAUCUACAUCUACAACUGCAACACGUGGGUGAGGGAGUACACCAAGUACCACGAGAGGUUGCUGACAGGCCUGAAGGGGAGCAAGAAGCUGCUGUUCAUUGACUCCCCGGCGCGGCUAGCGGAGCACGUGGAGCCUGACCAGCAGAAGCUGCCUGCGGCCACGCUAGCCCUGGAGGAGGACCUCAAGGUGUUCCACAACGCCCUCAAACUGGCCCACAAGGAUACCAAGGUCUCCAUCAAGGUGGGUUCCACAGCGGUCCAGGUGACAUCAGCAGAGCGGACCCGGGUCCUGGGCCAGUCGGUCUUCCUGAACGACAUCUACUACGCCUCGGAGAUCGAGGAGAUCUGCCUGGUGGACGAGAACCAGUUCACCCUGACCAUUGCCAACCAAGGCACACCGCUCACCUUCAUGCACCAGGAGUGUGAGGGCAUCGUGCACUCCAUCAUCCACAUCAGGACGCGCUGGGAGCUGUCCCAGCCAGACUCCAUCCCCCAGCACACCAAGAUCAGGCCCAAAGACGUGCCAGGCACCCUGCUCAACAUCGCCCUGCUCAACCUGGGCAGCUCUGACCCCAGCCUCAGGUCUGCAGCCUACAACCUGCUGUGUGCCUUAACCUGCACCUUCAACCUGAAGAUAGAAGGCCAGCUGCUGGAGACCUCAGGGCUGUGUAUCCCUGCCAACAACACGCUUUUCAUAGUGUCCAUCAGCAAGACGCUGGCCGCCAACGAACCACACCUCACCCUGGAGUUCCUGGAGGAGUGCAUCUCUGGCUUCAGCAAAUCCAGUAUUGAGCUGAAGCACCUGUGUCUGGAGUACAUGACCCCCUGGCUGCUCAACCUGGUGAGGUUCUGUAAGCACAACGACGACGCCAAGCGCCAGCGGGUCACUGCCAUCCUGGACAAGCUCAUCACCAUGACCAUCAACGAGAAGCAGAUGUACCCCUCUAUCCAGGCUAAGAUCUGGGGUAGUCUGGGACAGAUAACGGACCUGCUGGACGUGGUGCUGGACAGCUUCAUCAAGACCAGCGCUACAGGAGGCCUGGGAUCUAUCAAGGCUGAGGUGAUGGCCGACACGGCUGUGGCUCUGGCCUCAGGGAAUGUCAAGUUGGUGUCCAGCAAGGUGAUCAUCCGCAUGUGUAAGAUCAUCGAUAAGACGUGUCUGUCUCCCACGCCUACCCUGGAGCAGCACCUGAUGUGGGAUGACAUCGCCAUCCUGGCCCGUUACAUGCUCAUGCUGUCCUUCAACAACUCUCUGGACGUGGCCACUCACCUGCCCUACCUGUUCCAUGUGGUCACGCUGCUGGUGGCCACCGGUCCCCUGUCCCUACGAGCCUCCACACACGGCCUGGUCAUCAACAUAAUCCACUCCCUCUGUACCUGCUCCCAGCUCAACUUCAGCGAGGAGACCAAGCAGGUCCUGAGGCUGAGCCUGACAGAGUUCUCCCUGCCUAAGUUCUACCUGCUGUUUGGCAUCAGUAAGGUCAAGUCUGCUGCGGUCAUCGCCUUCCGCUCCAGCUACCGCGACCGCUCCUUCUCCCCCGGCUCCUACGAGAGGGAGACCUUCGCCCUCUCCUCCCUGGAGACCGUCACUGAGGCCCUGCUGGAGAUCAUGGAGGCCUGUAUGAGGGACAUUCCUAGCUGUAAGUGGCUGGACCAGUGGACAGAGCUGGCUCAGAGGUUUGCGUUCCAGUACAACCCGUCCCUGCAGCCCAGAGCCCUGGUGGUGUUUGGCUGCAUCAGUAAGAGGGUGACCCACGGCCAGAUCAAACAGAUCAUCAGGAUCCUCAGCAAGGCCAGCCCCCUGCUCAGCAUAGACCGGGGUCUGGAGAGCUGUCUAAAGGGACCUGAUAACUACAACAGCCAGGUGUUAAUAGAAGCCACAGUCAUUGCUCUCACCAAGCUACAGCCGCUCCUCAACAAGGACUCCCCCAUGCACAAGGCUCUGUUCUGGGUGGCCGUGGCUGUGCUCCAGCUGGAUGAGGUCAACCUCUACUCUGCCGGCACCGCUCUGCUAGAGCAGAACCUCCACACACUGGACAGCCUCAGGGUCUUCAAUGACAAGAGUCCAGAGGAGGUGUUUAUGGAGAUCAGGAAGCCUCUGGAGUGGCACUGUAAACAGAUGGACCACUUCGUGGGCCUCAACUUCAACUCCAACUUCAACUUUGCACUAGUGGGUCAUCUGUUGAAAGGGUACAGACACCCCUCCCCCAACACAGUGGCGCGGACCAUCCGGAUCCUCCACACACUGCUGGCCUUGGUGGGAAAACACCUCAACUGUGACAAGUUUGAGGUGAACACCCAGAGUGUGGCUUACCUGGCAGCUCUCCUCACUGUCUCAGAGGAGGUCCGGAGCCGCUGUAGCCUCAAGCACAGGAAGUCCCUGCUCCUCUCAGAUGUUACCAUGGAGAAUGUUCCCAUGGACACGUACUCUGUGCACCACAGCGACCCCAGCUGCCGAACUCUUAGGGAGAGUCAGCCGUGGACGUCCCCCAAGGUGUCGGAGCGCUACUUAGUGGUCCACUACCCCACGGGGGGGCAGAUCAGCCCGCGCACACGGAAGUCCAUGAGCCUGGACAUGGGCCAGCCUUCCCAAGCAAACACUAAGAAACUGCUGGGCACUAGGAAGAGUUUUGAUCACUUGAUAUCAGACAGUAAAGCACCAAAGAGGCCAGAGAUGGAGUCUGGAAUCACCACGCCUCCAAAGAUGAGGAGGGUGGCGGAGAACGAUUAUGAGUGUCCAGAAUCGACCCAAAGAAUCUCCCACCAUACCCUGAGGAAGGUGUCUGUGUCAGAGUCCAACGUGCUGCUGGAUGAGGAGGUCCUCACAGACCCCAAGAUCCAGGCUCUGCUGCUCACUGUCCUGGCUACGUUGGUGAAGAAUACAACAGAUGAGUUUGACCAGAGAAUCCUCUACGAGUUUUUAGCUGAAGCUAGUGUUGUCUUCCCUAAAGUCUUUCCAGUUGUUCAUAACCUGCUGGACUCAAAGAUCAACACCCUCCUAUCACUGUGCCAGGACCCUAACCUCCUAAACCCCAUCCAUGGCAUCGUGCAGAGUAUGGUAUACCACGAGGAGUCACCCCCCCUGUACCAGCCCUCCUACCUGCAGAGCUUUGGGUUUAAUGGUCUAUGGAGAUUCGCUGGGCCCUUCUCAAAGCAAACCCAGUUCCCAGACUACGCUGAGCUAAUAGUGAAGUUCCUGGAUGCUUUGAUUGACACGUAUCUGCCGGGGAUCGACGAGGAGACGAGCGAGGAGUGUCUGCGUACGCCCACGUCGCCCUACCCCCCGCCGGUCCAGAGCCAGCUCAGCAUCACAGCCAACCUCAACCUCUCCAACUCCAUGACCUCACUGGCCACCUCCCAGCACUCCCCAGCUUCUCUGCCUUGCUCUAAGUCUGCCGUUUUCACCCCACACCUCGUCCGGCCAGGCAUCGACAAGGAGAACGUGGAGCUCUCUCCGACCACGGGUCACAGCAACAGCGGACGUACACGCCAUGGUUCUGCCAGCCAGGUGCAGAAACAGCGCAGUGCAGGCAGCUUCAAACGGCCCAGCAUCAAGAAGAUCGUAUGAGAGAUGCCCACCACUAGGACCACCCUACCAGGGCCGCCCAUGCCAGUCAUCAUGCUGCACUUCUACUCCAACUCUCCUGUCUUAUCGAUCUUUCUCUUUCUCUCUCUCUCUCUCUCAGCCUUGAUUCUCCUCAGUUUCCUUAUGUUGUUUUUUGCGUGUUUCUUUUACCCUAACCUGUCCUGUCAGCCAUAUUUGCUUGACGAUCAACAUAUAUUUAAGGACUGUCUGAAUAUGAUGCGUUGUUUUGUUUGUGAAGCAGUCAGUGUCUGAGUCUGGCGUUGUUUCGUUUGGUCUUUUUGUGUCACAUAAUGAGCUACAUUGGAAUCGUUUUUUUAAAAACAGCAUUAAUUGAAAGAAAGCACUGACAUUGACAACACAGCAGAAACAGUAGGGAUCAUAGUAUCUGAAGCCAUUUUGUUGUCUUGGUUGAAUUUUCUAUCAUAAUGACAAAGUAUUAUGAGAACAAUUUCUGUGAUUUGCACAACGUUCUGUAAUUCAACAUGCAUGUACAUUUGUUUGUUUUUUGCCUUUAAGUGUUGUUAGAAGGACAUUUUUCUUCAAGCUGAGAGAGCUUUGACAAUUGGGCUGAACUAGAUCAAAGUAUAAGCUGCAAAUGUCUCUCAUUGAGACAUGGACAUGACAAUAGAGAUUGGACCUUGGGACCCAGUGUUGAGGAAAGGGAUCCCUCUCACCCACCAUCACUGCAGAGGGAGAGCACUACCCUGAAACACACACACACACUGUUCUGGAGGAAAUCACUGAAAGCACUAAAACCAUCCUGUAUUUGCAACAUCUGUGAAAAGCAUGGCCAAUAACAGACAUUAGUGGUUUACUGUGCUGUGGGGGCUGGAUGAUCAAUUUGCUCUGUUUGAGCUUUGUCAGACACAAUCCAAUGAUGGCCAAGCCAUGUGUCUUCAUUGGUUAUUGAUUGUCCAAGCUGUGGGGAUUCUUCUUGAUUAGGCAGUAUUUUUAUUCUCACAUGAUGGAGUGCCAGAGAGGGUCAACUAGACAGGCCACUCUGGUGUUGGAGGACAGCAGCCCUGCAGGUUUCAGAACUUAAGCUUUUAAUCAGCACGCUGUUCACGUUUCACAACACUAUGUCAGGGAAAGUUGGGAAGGAAAAUCUGGAGGAAAAACAGGAAUAGACCAUGUCCUCUUAUGUUGGAAUGGACAUUGAAAAUCCGCCUUAGCUUUGAGACUUGAAAUGUAUAAUAUCUAUAGUGGUAGUCUCAGUUGUAAUUGUCUCAUUCUUGCCCACACUUACUGUAAACACAUAUAUAUAUAUAUAUAUAUAUGCACACACAACACACAUUUGGGAGGUUGUUUUGUUCAUUGUGUGCCUUUUCUAGGGUUUUUGUGUGUGUACCGUAUAUAUACAGUACCAGUCAAGUUUGAACUCACCCACUCAUUCAAGGGUUUUUCUUUGUUUUUACAAUUUUCUACAUUGUAGAAUAUUAGUGAAGACAUUAACACUAUGAAAUUACACAUGGAAUCAUGUAGUAACCAAAAACGUGUUAAAAAAAUCUAAAUAUAUUUUAUAUUUAAGAUUCUUCAAAGUAGCCACCCUUUGCCUGAUGACAGCUUUGCACACUCUUGGUAUUCUCUCUUCACCUGGAAUGCUUUUCCAAUACUCUUGAAGGAGAUGCUUAGCACUUUUUGGCUGUUUUUACUUCACGCUGUGUUCCAACUCAUCCCAAACCAUCUCAAUUGGGUUGUGGUUGGGUGAUUUGUGGAGGCCAGGUCAUCUGAUGCAGCACUCCAUCACUCUCCUUCUUGGUCAAAUAGCCCUUACACAGCCUGGAGGUGUGUUGGGUCAUUGUCCUGUAGAAAAACAAAGGCUAGUCCCAUUAAGCGCAAACCAGAUGGGAUGGUGUAUCGCUGCAGAAUGCUGUGGUAGCCAUGCUGGUUGUGUGCCUUGAAUUCUAAAUAAAUCACAGUGUCACCAGCAAACCAUCCCCACACCAUCACACCACCUCCAUGCAUCACGGUGGAAACCACACAUGCUGAGAUCAUACGUUCACCUACUCUGCGUUUCACAAAGACACGGCGGUUGGAACCAACAAUCUCAAAUUUGGACUCAUCAGACCAAAGGACAGAUUUCCACCGGUCUAAUGUCCGGUAUUCGUUAGUAGUGCUUUCUUUGCAGCAGUUUGACCAUGAAGGCUUGAUUCACACUGUCUCAUCUGAACAGUUGAUGUUGAGUUAUGUCUGUUACUUGAACUCUGAGAAGCAUUUAUUUGGGCUGCAAUCUGAGGUGCAGUUAACUCUAAUGAACUUAUCCUCUGUAGCAGAGGUAACUCUGGGUCUUCCUUUCCUGUGGCGGUACUCAUGAGAGCCAGUUUCAUCAUUGUGCUUGAUGGUUUUUGAGACUGCACUUGAAGAAACUUUCAAAGUUCUUGAGAUUUUCUGGAUUGACUGACCCUGACAUGUCUUAAAGUAAUGAUGGACUGUGAUUUCUCUUUGCUUAUUUUGAGAUGUUCUUGCCAUAAUCUGGACUUGGUCUUUUACUAAAUAGGGCUAUCUUCUGUAUACUACCCCUACCUUGUCACAACACAACUGAUUGGCUCAAAUGCAUUAAGAAGGAAAGAAAUUCCACAAAUUAACUUUUAACAAGGCACACAUGUUAAUUGAAAUACAUUCCAAGUGACUACCUCAUGAAACUGGUUGAGAGAAUGCCAAGAGUGUGCAACGCUGUCAUCAAGGAAACGGGUGGCUACUUUGUAGGAUCUCAAGUGUUAAAUAUAUUUAGAUUUGUUUAACACUUUUUUGGUUACUACAUGAUAUGUGUUAUUUCUUAGUUUUGAUGUCUUCACUAUUAUUCUACAAUGUAGAAAAUAGUACAAAUAAAGAAAAACCCUGGAAUUUGUAGGUGUGUUCAAACUUUUGACUGAUACAGUAUAUAAACACACACACACACAAUACCUUAUGAUACAAGUAUACAGUCAUUACUAAUCAGCUGCCUGACAAUAAUGAACCUGUAUGGUUAAAUAUUCAUGUAAAACAUUGUUAACAUUCGGUACCUCUUGUCAAAUAAGUAUUCAAACAAAGUCCAUGACUCUAGGGACCAGAUUUGCUGAGGGUUUGCAUCUACAAAUGUUGCACUUGUAUUUAAGACAAUGAAAUGUUGAAGUCACAACAGUAUUGUUUUCAGUUUGCUCUUUGUUUUGUGAAAAUUGGUGCCAAUUAUGUUCCGGGAUCAAAAGCUAAAGUAAAUCUGUCCCUGUUCUUGAUGUAAAUAGUAAAAUAAUGUAAGGUAAUUACAAUCAAAUUGUAUUGGUCGCAUACACAAUGAUAUAGUUAUGAAUUAUUUUAGAAUUUAAUUUAAUUGUAUAAUUGCAAAAUAAAUAUUUAAUUUGAAAGAUUAGAAAUAUGAAUUAAGUAAUAAGGCACAAGGUGUGGUAUAUUGCCAAUAUACCACGGCUAAGGGCUGUUCUUAAACACGAUGCAACGCUGAGUGCCUGGAUACACCCCUAGCCGUGGUAUAUUGGCCAUAUACCACAAACCCGAGGUGCCUUAUUGCUAUUAUAAACUGGUUACCAACGUAAUUAGAGCAGUAAAAAUAAAUAUUUUGUCAUAACUGUUAUAUACUGUCUGAUAUACCAAGGCUGUCAGCCAAUCAGCAUUCAGGGCUCAAACCACCCAGUUUAUAGUAAAAAAAUAUCCUAUGGUAGUAAUCACCUCAAGACACAUACCUACUGAAUAGUGUUUUCCAUGUUUAAAAUCAGCCUACUGAAAUGCUGCCAAAAAAAGCAUUGUAAGUCAGACAGUCUGUUCUCAGAUAGGAGAACUAUGUGUAUUGGGAGUAUAGCUGUACAGGGUUUUACUGGCCCUUCUUGCCAUUGUCUUCCCUCAUUAGUCGAUAGUGUGGCACGUGUAAAGGUAUAGGCAUAGGGGUCCCGUGAUGCAGUGCGGCAGGCCCUGGGAUGCUGCACCAAAGACUAGCUUGCAGUAGCAAAAGGAAAAUCUAACCUGUUCUGUGGUUUUAUCAUUUUUGACUUUCUCUGAGCCUUUUCAGUUGGUCCGAUAUGUAUUGCACAGAUAGACUGAACGUGUUUCAAACUGUAGAGACUUCCCUUUCUGUAACAACAAGGUGCAGUUUGUUGAGCAGCACAGGAGUCCUCUGGUUACACCUUUCAAUUUCUUGUGGAGCCUGGUUCCUCAUUUCUGCUGUUUGAGGUUACCAACGAGUGCCAUACAUUGACUUAGUCAUGGUUGUUUUGGAUGCUUGUGCCAACUCCUUCAGAAUGUUUUUUGUAAAGUACUUGUUAUCAUAAUGAUAAUCCUGGGGUAAAACACAAUUCCAUUAGAUGUUUUUGACUUGCCUCUGCUGAGGAGAGCAUGUGCAUUUUGUGCACUGAGUAGGAGUUGGUGUAUAAAAAUGAGUAUAGAGAUAGGAGGGAGGAUAUGAAGACUUGACAGUUUUAAAAAAACACUAGUGUUUUACUGGCCAUUUAGUUUGUCACAUACAUCCAGCCAUCUUAACAAUCAACAACCAUGCUCAACCAUACAUUUGUUUUCCUAUUCUAUUAAUCUGGUUUAGAUUUGACAUGACCACAAGAAAAUGAACAAUGUGCACACUUAGUUCUUUUUUCCAAAUUCAAAGUGUGUUGGUGCUGUUGAGCGGUAAUGAACCUUGUGUAAUGAAGUUGAACUCCAUGCCUGGAUUUUGUUUACAAAUAUUUUAUUAUACUUGAAUCAGGAGGAUAUAUGUCCAGAAGAAGCAGUUCCACAUCAUGGAAAGGGGGGAAAAUUAAGAUUUAAAGAUAAAAUGGAGCAAGUUUACCAAACGUAAUCAACAAGAUUUCAAAAGAUCUAGUGUGAAGGAAACCAAAGUUAAGGAACGGCAAUAUAGUACAAACAAACUCUAAAACUGUGUGUUGAUAAAGUCCAAUAUACUAACCCACAAAUAACAGUUUGCUUUUUUUUAUGGGAAUGAGAGAUGGUACAACUAGUGAAAGAGAGAUGGACCAAGCUAUGAAUCAAUGCUUUUUGCUUUUUAGUCAAAAUCGCAGCUUUCGUCAUCAUGUACUAUGAUGUGUGUAUCGUGAAAGUAUUAGUUAUUUAGCUCUGUCCUCAUCAGACUUUUAGGAACUGUACAGAUCUCUGUUUCAAGCGCAUAUGCUUUGAAGAGUGAACCCAACCAACUGUUUCUCUUUGAUAUUUCUUUAUUUUACAGUGUAUACCAGGCAGACAGAACACUUUGAUAACCCUAUCGUCAAUAGACCCCUUCUUCUCAGUGUCUCAUCUGAAAGGUUAGGCCGGAGGGAAUGUUUUCGCCUUGGUUUUACUUCAUGGAAAUGUGCCACUUUAAAGAACUGAAAGGAAUGAAUUCACAUACAACGUGUCCUGAAUUGAACAUGUCUGUACUUGAAGGCUCUAACAUGUAUUUGCAGCAGCAUAGGAGAGACAGUAUAUAGAUAUCAGCUAACCACUUUGUUCAAUGCAAAGGAUAAAACAAUUUUAAAAUGUAUUUUCUCUUCAAACGUUGCUCUGCAUCCAAAACUUUUUCAGCUGUAAUUUCUAUGCUUUACCAUUUUGAAAGGAAGUCCAAAUGGCUAUUCCUGUAUAUUAAAAGCGGUGUGAUAUCUCCUAAUUUGGCACAUCUCAAGGUUAUGCAAAAUAUUUUUAACCACUGGCCACAGUUUUACUGUUUCUUUUCUGCAUUUUUUUUACACAGUAAGCUCCACCUCUGUAAAUAAUUUUGUGUAAAAAUUGACAAAGGUAUAUUUACUACACUGUAAAUACAUGUGAUGAUAUAUUGUAUUAUUUAGCUUUUUGUAAAGCAGUUAGUUGCUGUACAUGUAAAACAUACAAAUUGAAUUAUUCUAGUGUUAGUAAUGAUGACCUCUCUCCAUCAUGUCACUGCAUUGUCAUUUACUAUAUUGAGGAAAAUAAAAGGUUCAAAUCGAGGAUAUAGAUGACUGUGUACUCUAAACCUCCACUGUAUGAUAGGUUGCUGUCCUCAUCUGACAUUUACAGAUUUUGCCCUAAUAAAUAAUUUCUGUCUGA